GUAGUAGAUAGGUAAGUUCUUGUUCUUAAUUGGUUUCUUUAUCUUUAUUACACACCUAUUUAAUAGAUUACGUACAAACAAUUCAACAACACAGUAUAUUUAUAACAUUCUUGCUAAACGGUUGAUCUUUUGUGAAAAAAAUAUUGUAAAACAACAAAUAUGGCGAUGACAGAAGUAAAACAAAAUUAUGGCGAAUUUUUUGGCGGGAAGGAACCCGUGGAACUUAUAUUUGAAGAUGAGCAGUGUGUGGUUUUCGAUGAGAAAAUAAACAAACAGGCGCCCGUACAUUUCCUGGUGGUACCUAAGAAGGUGAUUCCGACGUUACUAGAGAUGUCCGCAUCGGCUGAAGAUGAAAAAGCUUUAGGCCACUUGUUAUUGGUAGCGAAGGAGAUUGCUUUAGCUAGAGGUCUAGACAGGACCGGUUAUCAUGUCAUGGUUGAUGAGCAGCAUAACAGCAAAACUCUGAAAUCUAUACACGUUUUUGGAAGAGCACUUCAUCAUAUGCUGUGGCCUGUUGGGCCUGGGUGUAGGUUAUAGACUGAACUUGUUUAAAAUAGAAUGUACAUAUUAGAAUUAAGUUAUAAUUUUAAAAGAAAAA